AUGCUCAGAUACAGGAUCAUGCUCAGGCUCAGGAUCAGGCUCAGGCUCAGAAUCAUGCUCAGGCACAUCAUCAUGCUCAGGCUCAGCAUCAGGCUCAGGCUCAAAAUCAUGCUCAGGCACAUCAUCAUGCUCAGGCUCAGGAUCAGCCUUUCUUUGUGUAGUUCCGGAGUUGCCCAGUCACAAAAGCCUGAUCCUGAGCCUGAUCCCGAUCCUGAGCCUGAACCAGAGCCUGAGCCUGAGCCUGAGCCCGAUCCUGAGCCUGAUCCUGAUCCUGAACCUGAGCCUGAGCCUGAGCCUGAGCCCGAUCCUGAGCCUGAUCCUGAGCCAGAGCCAGAGCUAGUUUGUAAUGUAUUUCUACCAGAGGUAGUGCCAGAGCGUGAUCCUGAGCCUGAGCCUGAUCCUGAUCCUGAACCUGAGCCUGAGCCUGAGCCUGAGCCUGAGCCUGAGCCUGAGCCUGAGCCUGAGCCCGAUCCUGAGCCUGACCCUGAGCCUGAUCCUGAGCCAGAGCUAGUUUGUAAUGUAUUUCCACCAGAGGUAGUGCCAGAGCGUGAUCCUGAGCCUGAGCCUGAUCCUGAUCCUGAUCCUGAUCCUGAUCCUGAUCCUGAGCCUGAUCCUGAGCCUGAGCCCGAUCCUGAUCCUGAGCCUGAGCCUGAUCCUGAGCCUGAGCCUGAUCCUGAGCCUGAGCCUGAUCCUGAGCCAGAGCUAGUUUGUAAUGUAUUUCCACCAGAGGUAGUGCCAGAGCGUGAUCCUGAGCCUGAGCCUGAUCCUGAUCCUGAACCUGAACCUGAACCUGAACCUGAGCCUGAGCCUGAGCCUGAGCCUGAUCCUGAGCCUGAGCCAGAGCUAGUUUCAUAG